AAACAAACCACCAAGACCACUAUGAGUCUGUUAACAAGGGUCAAGAAGACCGUUGGGACUAAUCUCUCAGCGGGUCUGAUGAGGGAUAAUUUUCAUUUGAAUUACUUGACGCAUCAUGGCAUACACGGCACGAUCUCGACGAUGCAUUUCGAUCCUGUGCAGGGGUUGUUGGCGGUUGGUACCUAUGAAGGUUCAGUCGAUGUCCUUGGACAGAGCGGUGUCCAGGUCACCUUUCACGUCAGCAAUUCACCGGCAAUCAGGCACGUACGGGUACAUGGACCACGAUUGGUGGUAGUGGAUGCCAAGAACGCCCUCACUAUAUUCUCACUCGAAACGUGUGAACGAACUUCCGUCUACUCCGCCCGCGGCCUCGUCACCUGCAUUCACACCGAUCCCUCCCUAGAUUGGCUCUUCAUUGGUCUAAAUGACGGUACGAUCGAUGUCUGGGAUUUGGACCGCGAACGUAUCGCCCCGUUUCGUAUCCCGAAUCUCUACAAAGAACGUCAAGAUCAAUGGCGAUUCAUGCAAUAUAAAUGGGCUCCACCGCGGUCGAAAAUCUCGCCUGUGGUAGCUAUGCAGAUGCACCCAAGAGAUAUUGGGCUGUUGUUAGUGGGAUACCCGGAUGGUGCCGCGCUGUUCAGCUUUAAGGAGAAUAAGGCGAUCAGGUUUUGGGAGUUGGUGAUUCCGCCUGGAGCACCGGGUGGUGAUACCGAUCCGAGUAUGAUACAGACGCUCCGGAGACCAUGUUUAACGAGCAUAUCUUGGCACCCUUCCGGCGUGCAUCUGGUCACGGCACACGAGGAUGGGUGUAUGGCAUUCUGGGAUGCGAAAGUUGAGGGAGGGCCGUUGCAAACGAGAACGCUGACGGAGACAGAGGUGGAUAUUCCAGGACAUCAUACGCUUCAACCACCUGCGACUGGAACGUUCUCGGUGCGUGAGCCAAUCUUUAGGAUGUCGUGGUGUAGUCUGGGGACACCGGAGGAAACCCAGCUCGUCGUUGCGGGUGGGUUAUUCAGUGGGACGGCAGCGCCGGGCUUGACGCUGCUUGACUUUGGACCGCUGCCUGGUGGUUUUACGAAAGCCCCCACCCCACAGCAGUUUACAGAGUACUACUCCAUGCCACGGAGGACGAAGAUUCUGCCGACGAUGUCUUCGGCUAUGCCGUUGGAUUUUGUCGUCUUUCCUUACGGUACGCCGCAUUACCUCGGAACGCAUAACCCGACAGCCCUUCUAGUGCUACUUUCUACCAACGAACUCGCACUCCUCGGGUUCCCCGAUGGAAGAGCAUUGGAUCCCGCAAAGGUCCUCCCUCCAGCACUGGCCCUCCUUACGCCUCGUGCUCUGCACGUCGCCGUCACCCCAGUGACUCGGGAGAAGUGGCUAGGCAUGACCGGAGGAAACAACGGCAAAUCCGCCGGACCCGGUGACCAGCUUCUUAUCGGUGGUGCCCCCGCCCGUCAACGUCUCCGUGCAUUCGCACACCGUAAUGUAAUGAUGACAUCCCACGCUGACGCAACCGUACGUCUCUGGGAUGCUUCACAUGGGGAGGUGGAAAAUACGUCUGUUUUGACGGCCGAUUUGAGGAAGAUUCUGGGAGAGGGUAGGGAUGGACCACCAAGGAUUACGAAGACCGGUUUGAGUAAGAUGACGGGUGAACUCGCGGUUGGCACUGAAGCGGGAGAGUGUAUCAUCUACAGAUUUGGGAAGACGCGGGCGGCGGAGGCGAUGGGUGCUGGUGGUGCUGAGACGGCAAUGGGUGCACCUAGGAUGCCGACGGUGAAGGAGUUGGAGGCAGAGAUGGGUGGUGUUACGAUGGAUGAGCCGGACCAGAUGGAGAUGCCCCCUCAGCGUGUUCAGCCGUCGCAGAUGGCUAGUCCGCCUCUGUCGCCUGAUCCGGAGAAACACAGUAAGAGAUUUAGUGGUUUGUUGGGACGGAGAUCCUCGACGCAAGCUGGUCCCAAGUCACCUGCGCUGCCGCAGGGCGUUGUGCCAGGCCCGCAGACAUCGAAGGAUUUGUUGCAGAAUAUCUCGCAUAUGACGGAUCCGGCUGUUUCUUCUGGAUUUCUUCCGGUAUGUGCAGUCCGUGCGCAUCGAGGCGGCGUGACGUGCAUCAAGACGACCGAUGUCGGAUUCAUCGCAAUUGGGUAUGAGUAUGGUGCGAUUGCGUUGGUCGAUAUGCGUGGGCCUGCUGUCAUUCUGUUGGAGGAUUUGGUUAAUCUGAAGGGGAAGCAGGGUGAAGUUGAGCUUGAAACGCCUACUUGCUUUGAGGUUGCCGUAAUGUCGCUACAGGAUGGCGCGAGGCCGAAUAUCCUUCUCUUUACGGGAACUUCGGCAGGGAGGAUCAUUUGUCAUAAGCUGGUGCCGACACCGCAUGGUGGGUAUAGUGUGCACUUUGAGUACGCGAAUAGUCAUUCACAGGAUGGAUCGAUCGUGGCAUUGUUGCCGAUAGAACUGGACACGGGUUUGUCUGCAGUCGCCAUGCCGGCUAACUUGAGGACUGAUGUCCCCAUUGAUGGGGGUAUAAUUGCAGUGUCUGCUGGUGGUGUCAGACUUGUCAAGGGUGACUCGCACAAGACACGUGCGUCGUUCCCAGCGCAAUGCACGGCUGCCAGUAUUCUUUCGCGAGGUACGGGAGAUGUUGCUGUUGCCUGCGUCAUGGAUUCCAGGCGUAUCCGUGUUUUGUCUCUUCCGUUCUUUGAGGAGAUAGCGGAUAUCAUCAUUGCUGGUGAUAUCCAACGUCUGGAGGAGGCAGUAUUGACCGAGAACGGAGAUUUGUUCAUCUGGACUGGCGCUGCUGAACUUGGGCUCUUCUCCUUGUGGCACACCGGCGGUCGGCCACCGAGUGCACAGCAAGACCAGUUGUUUGAUGCGCUGAAAGCGACGCCGGCCAGGCCUACGAUUAGUACUUGGCAAUGGGUUACUGGCACGGUGUAUGUUAACCAGCAGGAUCUGGACUUACUCAUUGGAGGCCCGAACCGACCUCCGUCGAAGAAAAUGCUGCUGGAGCAGCGUGCGAGGGAUGAACAGCAGAGGUUGGCUGCGCGUGCUCAUGCCCAAGCUGGCAUGACACAAGGCAUCCAAAACGACGCGAACUCGGGUGUAUUCGGUCAGAUGGCGCAGAACCUUAACGAACGUGGAGAGCGAUUGGGGACGAUGGAAAACCAGUUUGAUCACUUGGAGCAGGCUACAGGAGAAUGGUUGAAGGAGAUCAAGGGUUUCGCUGGACAAACGAAGCGCAAGGCGGUGAUGAAAGGAUUGGGUCUUGGUUCAUUCUUCUAA